AAAUUGUGAUUAUCUUUUAAAUUUAAAUUUAUACCAAAAAUUAGUUUCUCAGUAUUAAAGCAUAGUUCCUUUCAUAGUUUAUAAAUUACUAGUCAAAAGACUGCAUAAUUUACUAUUAUUUAAAAACCAGCAUUAGCUGUAUACUAUUUCCUAUAUUUUACCACUUAAUUUAUAUCUUACAAUGGAGAACCAGAAAUUAUUAGAUUUAGACACUGAUAUUCCAGAACACGAACCAAAAACGACCUCAUUAGUCAUAGAUGAUGGAAUAUUGUCUGAAGAUAUCAAAAAUGAUUUUGAAAAUGAUGACCUUAUUCUAAUGUCAGAUAAAGUGAUGAAUACGGGUAAACAGUUAUCGCUUGAAAACAACUUUGAGGUAAUUGAUCAGGAAUUAAAAACUAUUCAUGAUGGAAAAGGAGAAGCAGGAGUUACAAAUAUAUCUAAAGAGGAAGAAAAAGACAAAUUAUUAGAUAUUGUUGAUCCAGUCUUUGAUACAUUAACUGAGGAGUCUACAACUCUUCCCAAAACCGAAUCUCCGAUUGUGAAAGAAGUAGCAGUUUCUGAAAAAAUUGAAUCUAUGGUUUUCGAUUCUACCAAAACAUUGAUAAAUCAAGAUAAUGAACCUAUAAAUGUGGUUCAAUCUGAAGUAAAAAUGGCAGAUACACCUGAAGUUGUUCCCAAAGAGAGUACCAAAAAAGAUACCGAUGAAGGAGAUGUAUGUGACAUUAAGAUUGGACCUGACGAAUUAUUUUGCAGGAUUGGAUUAGAUAAAUGGUUUAAUCCCGAAAAAUUGCCACCCAAAGUGGAGGCAUUGGUGUAUUGGAGAGAUCCUGUAUCAUCUGGCAUUGUUUUUGGUGCCACAUUAGUUGUAUUGUUGUCAUUUGCAUAUAUGUCAUUGAUCAGCGUUAUUGCCUAUUUGGCUAUGUUUAUUCAAUCUGCUUGCAUCAUAUUGCGUCUAUACAAAACUGCUUUACAAACCGUUCAUAAAACAACUGAAAGUCAUCCGUUCCAAGAAUAUUUGGACUUAGAUAUCAGGUUACCUCAGGAAAAAGCUGAAGAAUUGAGCAAACUAGCUGUUGUACACAUUAAUGCAGUGUUGGUGGAACUUCGCCGUUUAUUACUUGCUGAAGAUUUGGUGGACUCUGCCAAAUUCUUUGGUAUCCUCUGGGUGUUGACGUAUGUUGGUGCUUUAUUCAAUGGUCUUACACUCAUCAUUAUUGGAUUUGUUGCUUUAUUCACAUUACCUAAGGUGUAUGAAAACAACAAGACACAAAUUGAUCAAAAUAUUGAUGUAGUUAGGAGUAAAAUUGCUGAAUUGACAAAUAAAGUGCGAGCUGCUAUUCCAAUUGGAAAAAAGUCUCCUGAGGCAAAGAAGAAGGAAUAGAUAUUGAAAUUUUCUUAUAAAGCCCCAUUAUAUUCUUGUGGUCGAUGAUUACAAUUUUUAGGCUAAAAUUUUUUUUUAUAUAUAAAUUAGACCAUGUCGUCCCAGUAAUAUUAAAACAUUUAUACUAUUAUUAAAAAAAGUAUACAUAUUAUUAUUCCCAUUUUAAAUUUAUUUGUCAUAAUUUGGGAAAAUGUAUGUAGAAUGUCUUUCGUCAAUAUUAUUUCACUAUAUAAUGUAAUCAUGUAAAGGUUUGUGAGUUCUUUCUGUUAUCAUUUGAUCUGGUUUAGCUUUUGCUCAUUUCAUUAUUUUAUUCCGCCCUCUAAUUUUACCUAUAUUUUUAUUCCUCCAGCUAUAUAGCGAAUGAAGCUAGCUUAACUUUUAAACAACGCUGUCUGUUUGUGUAUACUUAUAUUUACUCUGUUAAAUGCGUUAAAUUUAUUACUUUUUA